CGCGAAGUGAAGCGCAUUGAACCCACAACAUCCGAGAUAACCGAGGGAAAAGAGUCACAAAAUCAACAGCAACAUCCUGUAAAUAAACAGAACUAACAGCCAUGGCGGGUCUGCGGCUUUAUAACGUUCUAAUAUUGUGCCUUGCGAUCAGCUUGGAGGCGGUGCUAGGAGCCCCAGUGAUCAGCCAGAUCAGCAAGGACGUGGUGGCCAGUGUGGGCGACUCUGUGGAGUUCAACUGCACCGUGGAGGAGGUGGGACAGCUCUCGGUGAGCUGGGCCAAGCGUCCCAGCGAGUCGGACACCAAUUCGGUGGUGCUCUCCAUGCGGAAUAUCCUUAGUCUUCCCGACCAGCGGUACAACGUAACGGUCACCGAAGGACCCAAGACCGGCAGCGCCACCUACACCUUCCGCAUUCAGAACAUCGAAGUCAGUGACAUGGGUCCGUACGAGUGUCAGGUGCUCGUUUCGGCCACGGAGAAGGUGACCAAGAAGCUGAGCCUGCAGAUCAAGACCCCACCAGUGAUCGCGGAGAACACCCCUAAGAGCACCCUGGUGACGGAGGGUCAGAAUCUAGAGCUGACCUGCCAUGCCAAUGGCUUUCCCAAGCCCACGGUCUCCUGGGCCCGCGAGCAUAAUGCCGUGAUGCCAGCCGGAGGCCAUUUGCUGGCGGAACCAACUCUCCGGAUUCGUGCAGUGCACCGGAUGGAUCGCGGCGGCUACUACUGCAUCGCGCAGAACGGAGAGGGCCAGCCGGACAAGAGGUUGAUCCGCGUCGAGGUGGAGUUCCGUCCGCAGAUCGCCGUCCAAAGGCCCAAGAUCGCCCAGAUGGUGUCCCACUCCGCGGAGCUGGAGUGCUCUGUGCAGGGCUACCCGGCUCCGACGGUAGUUUGGCACAAGAAUGGAGUGCCCCUGCAGUCCAGCCGGCACCACGAGGUGGCCAACACCGCAUCUUCCUCGGGAACCACAACCUCUGUGCUGCGCAUCGAUAGCGUGGGGGAGGAGGACUUCGGGGACUACUACUGCAAUGCCACCAAUAAGUUGGGCCACGCCGAUGCGCGACUUCAUCUCUUCCAGACCGUCAUCCCAGUGCCCUCCUUGUCGUAAUAAGCCCUCAACGUCACAAUUUCCAUUCCCACGCAACAAGACUGGAACCUCUGGACCUCAAUUUCGCCUCUCGUCUCGCUUUUUCGGCAAUUCGCCAGUCCGGAUGCGGUCUGUGUUUAUAUUAUUAAUGAUUCAUUCAAUUAGCUCCCAUUCAGUCUUCAUUAUUUUCGGACACACUUGGAACUGAGC